AUGCUGUACAAAAUCCUCGGCAUCUCCGUCAUGCUAUCGAAAAAGCUUCUCCGAGCCCGCAAACUGCGACGGCUCGACACCACCCGUGAGACAAGAUCCCUUCAGCUGUACCACCACAUUAUAUGGCUCUCUCGCGAAGGCCUAUUAAUACUGGAGGGCUACAUCCUCCCAAUGGUCGACGUGUUCGUCGAGCUAAAGGUACUCGCUUACAAACUCCGCGCCUCAUUCUACCACAUUUUCGUCCUCUUCCACAACCGGCCACAUUUCAACCACGACAACGACAUCCCAACACGCCUCAAACAUGACUCCAUAUAUGGCGCAGACUCCUUAACAGCCCUAGGCGUCUCAGACCUUUACAAACCCAACCAAAACACGACAACAAUACCGACCUCCCGGCCCCCAGGCCUUCCACCAGUAAUCCAACCAGUCCAACCGCCCCAACCAGUCCAACCGCCCCAACCAGUCUCCUCUUUCCUCCUGCCCCCGCUAGACUACACGGCAACGGCAACAGCCUGCUUUAACCACGCCUCAGCCCUCUCCGACAAACUCCUACCAGGUUCCCACCCUCUCCGCCUCUCCGUGAAGCUUGAAUACGCCGCUUAUUUAUACGACUGCCUCCAAGACCCCAUCGCCUGCCGCCGCCUCGCAAAACAAGCAAUCGCAGACGUCUACAACGCCCAAGAAGGCAUGGAUGACGAGAGCUUCCAAGACGCAGCGGAAAUCGUCCGCGUGCUGGGCAAGAUGGUCAAGCGCGGCGGCAAGCCCGGCUCCAGUACCGCGGGGAGUAGUAUCUCCCGUGGUGGCGGCUCGCACAGUCGCAGUAGUCGCUCUCCUAGUCAUUUUGAUACGAGUGCGCCCACUACGGUCUCGCCGGUGCCGGUUACGAAGUCUACGCCUGUGGCUGGGGUGCGUGGACAUGCGACGAGACCUGCUGUUUCUGAUGCUUCUAUGAUGAAUCCGAUUUAG